AUGUCGCUCUUUGAACAAAGCCUGGAGGAUGGUAAACACAAGAAGAUGCACUUCUGUCAGGAUUUCAGAUUGUACAUCUGGUCCAAUGGGUGGAACAAGCAUGUUGAAGCUUGCAAGCGGUGCAAGGUGAGGGAGCAAGAGGACCACGCUUGGCAGCAGGAGAUGGAGAGCGACAAGUGUCAGUCAAAGAGGCAACAGGAGGAAGAGGUCAUGGCGUCUCUUGCGGGGUCAUCUAAGCUCCCAAGGUUGUCUGACUUUCCUCAUUCAAGACAUCUGACUCCCCAGCUGCCGGAUGACUUUGCAUAUCAAUCUAAUGAUGAAGACAGCUACGUUUCUACAUGCAACCAGCCCGCCCGAGAUCCUGAAGCUCCCAUUCCAGCCCACCCUCCAUUGUCUUCCUUUGCCCUCGUUGUUGACCCAACUCCCACACCCUCUUCCUCUAUCCCUGCUGUUGAGCUGCCCCCCAUACCCUCUUCCUAUCAUUCUGCUGCUGAGCCGCCCCAUACACCUUCUCUCUUCACACCUGCUGUUGAGUUGCCUCCCGCACCCAACUGCUUUGCAUCUGCUGUCAAGCCGCCCUACGCACCCACUUUAUUCACACCUACUCUCGAGUUGUCCCCCACGCCUUCUCCCUUUGCAUCCAUUGUCAAGCCGCUGCUGCUGCCGCCUCCUGCCCUUGCGGAUGAACAACCCCCUGCCCCACUGGCUAGCACCUCUAUGGGUGAGCAGCUUCCUUCUCUGGGUGGGAUCCAAGCCAAAUAUCACCCAUACAGUGAACACACCCCAGAAAUCUUCCCACCACAUGCCUUCCAGCGCUAUCCAGCCCCUGACCCCAACCACGCUCCCAAGAAGCGGCCCUGGCGUCCGUUCUUUGAGCCUAGACUCAAGUUCAAGAUCGCCGAGCUCGCUUUUGAGGCAGGUAUGACUGCCAACCAGACAAACCGGUUCUUGAACCUUAUCCAUUGUGCUCAUCACCAUUCCUGCCUCUCGGCAGAGGCUAUACUAAAAGCCAAGGGGCAGCAAAAUGUUGAGCAAAUAGCUUAG